CGCCGCCGGCCUAUAGCACCGGAGCCGGACCCCCUCCGUGCGCGCGCUCCCUCCCUCCCCGUGCCCUGCCCACCCCGGCGGUCUCCUCUCCAGCCCUGCCAGAGCCAAUCCGCGGCUGGGUGUAAGUAGGGCAAGCCGCUUCCUGGUUCUCAGAAAGGAGGAGCUGGGAGUCGGAGUGGGCCAGCGGAGGCGGCAGGCGGGGGGUCAGAGCAGCCCAGAGAGCCGGCGGGGCUGCAGACGGGACCGAGUCCAGAGCGGGACCACCAGCGGUUUGGAGACCGGCGGAGAGCCAGCGGGGCGCGAGCUGCAGCCCACCGGGAGCCGUGACACCCCCCCACUCACUCCCUCCGGCCCAGAGCAACGCCAGAGCGGCGAGGAUUUAAAAAGAAGAAAUAGAAGAAGUACACAAGUCGGCAGGGUGGGACGCAGUAAUCCAGGAAGUGUGGAGGCCGGGUCAGGACAGGUGACACACCGGCGCUCAGGCCUCUGACCUCUACUGAUCGACCGGGGGGCCGCCGAGAAAGAAAGUGAGCGAAAGGCAGAAAGCAGGCUUCCAUCCACCUUUGGGUUUAUGGACUGGAGGUAGGAUUUACACCAAACAAUAAAGGUGGCGAUGUCUCCAGGAGAGGACGGUCUGAUUGGGAUCCCCUUCCCGGAGCACAGCAACGAGCUCCUGUCCCACCUCAAUGACCAGAGGAGGACGGGACUCUUGUGUGACCUCACCCUGACCUCGCGCGGCGCGCGCUACCCCACGCACCGCUCCGUCAUGGCCGCCGUCAGUCUCUACUUCCGCGGGCUGUUCGGGGCGGAGGAAGGUGACGGCGGCGGCGGAGGAGGCUUCAGCGUUUGCCAGCUGGACUGCGUGGAGCCCGACGCCUUGGACGCCCUGUUGGAGUUCGCCUACACCGCCACGCUGACCAUUCCCAGCUCCGGGAUGAAGGAUGUGCUGCGCGGGGCUCAGCUCCUGGGCAUCCAGUGCGUGGCCGACGCCUGCAGAGACAUCCUGGGCGAGAACGCAGAAACGGAGAAGGAGAUGGUGGAGGAGCAGAGACCCCAGCAGGUUGAUGCUGAGAGCAUGAUGGAGACCAGACUAGAGAAACCGUCCCGAAGAAAAACGGACAGGAAGAAGGUGAGAAAAGUUGGGUUGGGUCACAUCAGCUCCUCGCCUCUGAACCAUCUACCCACCUCCCCCGUCUCGCACCACUCGCCUGCAUCCGACAGCUUCCGCUCCCUGCCCUCCACCCAGCCGCCCAGCCCUGAGCACGACGAGCUCUUCCUCAGCCCCCGGCAGAACGGGGAUCCGAGGGAAAUCAGGGAGCCGGGAAGAGGGGUGACUUUAAACGGAAGGGUUCCUCACUGGCUGCAAGAACGACCUCAUUUAGCUCAUCCGCCUCCCCUGGCUCCCUUGAAUGACAAGCUGUCCGAGGAUGAGGAGAUGGAGGGCUUCGGCGCCGAGGGCGUGCUGAUCGGAAGCACCUCGAUGCCGACUUCUGUAGCCGAACAAGUUGCGGCCGCGUCAGUCACAGGAGGGGGGAGGAAGAGGAAGUCUCAGACCCCUCAGCAGUGUCCGGUCUGUCAGAAGAUCAUCCACGGAGCCGGAAAACUGCCGCGACACAUGAGGACGCACACAGGAGAAAAGCCCUUCCAGUGCACUGCCUGCGGAGUUCGCUUCACCCGCAAUGACAAGUUGAAGAUCCACAUGAGGAAGCACACCGGCGAGCGUCCCUACCCGUGCCCCCACUGCUCGGCGCGCUUCCUCCACUCCUACGACCUCAAGAACCACCUGUCCCUGCACAGCGGGGCGCGGCCCUUCGAGUGCCCGCUCUGCCACAAGGCCUUCGCCCGGGAGGACCACCUCCAACGGCACCGCAAGGGCCACAGCUGCCUGGAGCAGCGCACGCGCCGGCCCAGACGCGUGCCCGAGCAGAUGGAGGACGGGAGGGUGGACGGAGGCAUGAGGGAGCAGUCCAACCCGCUGGAGGCUCUGGCUCUGCAGGCCCACUCCUCCGCCUUCUUCACCCGCUCCAUGCUGGAAGGCGGGGGCGGGCCGGGCGCCGGCCCCCAGCUGAUGUUCGAUAGCGACGCAGAGAGGGAGCGGGUCCUCGCCCUUCAGGCUCUGGCCCAGCUCGGCCCUCACAGGCUGGCCGCCUACCCCGAGUUCAUCCUGCGAGGGCUGGAAAUGAGAGUCGGCAGAGAGGCGGAGGGAGAACACCCCGGGAGGAUCCGCACGCCGCCCGCACAGCGGAACCAGACAGCCCAUGAAGUUGGAGAGGAAAAUGGAGAAAAGGAAGCGGAAGAAGAGGAAUGGUAAAAGAUGAAUCCAUGGUGUAGAAUCUAUGGUUAAAUUUAAAAAAAAAUAAAAAAUCACUCAGGUGGCUGGACUAAUGACCUGCUGCUCCAUACAGAGAGCACUUAAAACAAAACUAGAUAAUAUCAAAAGGAAAAAAAAAGGAAAACGGGUUUUCUGAGAUGUUUUAAAUGUUUGUCUUCUGGUUGUUGGCAUUUGAUUUGUUUAUGAAUUUAAUUCCUUGUUUGCUGUUUAAGUUCAGCUCCUUUAGAUUUGAACUGUUUCUCCGUACUUUGAUUUAGAUGUUGUUUUCUAGCUGGUGUGUGUUGAGUGUGUGGGUCGUUGGGGGAUGCUUUUCACUAUGCAAACUAAAAUGCAGGCAUAGCGGGACAUUCGGAGAUCUGUAUUUUAGCUACAACUUAAGUUGAUUCAGGUGCAAUUCAGAAAUCAUAUCACAUCGAGAUUGCAAAGAAUGCAUUAGUGUGUGCUCUGUCCUCUGGUGGUGACCAGUGGAAGCGCAGUUUGUGUUGAAAUGUGCAUUGUAAGCAAUAAUCCCACCUGUUCCAGUUAGUGGUCGAGCCCAUGUUUUGAUUUGGUGCUUAAACCAAAGACUUUUUUGUUUUCUCGCAGGGAGAGGAGGGCGGUGAACUGUAGCCAAUGUUGGGGUCAAAGAGACGUCUCUUCCCGACAGUUUUGAUAGCCAUGAGAAAGAAUCUGCUUCCAUUUUUUUUGAGUGUUUCAGGGCUGCAGAGCUCUGUGUUUGAUGCCUGACCAAAAGAGACAAAAGUCUGGGUCAAAGAGUUGAUGUGAUUAAUGUUGAAGACAGCUUUUUUUUUUUUUUGUUAUUUGGAAGAUAUGGAUUUCAGUCUUCCAUUGCACUCAUUGGGGUUCUUUGUUUGGAAAAUAGAAAAUAAAAAAAGGAGGGGGGCAAGGUAAAGAUGAUGAAUGACAUGACAUGCCCUCUUUUCUCUAUUUAUUUAUUUAUUCUUAUUUAUUGUGGCUUUUCUGCUGAAACUCUUGUGUAAGACCAAAUCCAGGGUUGGACCCAGAUCAUAACUCAUUCCUAAUUUAAGUCUUACUAGAAGCUGCAUUCUGCUGCAAAUAUUGUUUGCUCAACAUCUCCACGUACCUGAGCGCCUGUUUAAACAAGCUGAGUGUCUUCUUUUGGCCGUUCUUCCUCACGCGCAUUCUUUGCACAAGUGACCCCCGUCAGGUUCUGCAAUAUCUCAGAUACAUUCCAUCCUUCAGGGUAGAGAGAAGGGAAGAGAGGAAACUUGGUACACACAAUGACUCCUCUGCAUGAUUUUUUUGUUAUUUGUUUGUUUUUUUGGGAAUUGAACAUCUGUGUCACAUGUUAUUCAAUGGCUGUUCUAAUCCAAAGGGGCCCAUUAUCCUUUAAAUCAUCUGGUUUUGACCAAAGACUUUUAAGUCUAUCCAUGCUUUCUUUUUUCCAGUACAUUAACCCCGCUGCAACCAUCGGUCACUUUAAAUGACAGCGGUUGUUUGUUGGUUUUUUUUUCUUUUUUUAAAUGCAUUUUUUUCAUAUUAUAUUAUUUCCAGUCCUCCUGAAAUCUGGCAGAGCGUGCUGUAUCAGUUGUGCUGGUCUGGCCUUGUGGCCUUGUCUGCUCCUUUGUUGUGUAGUAAAUCUUUUUUCCAGCUUAUUUGCACUAUGAGAUUUGAGAGCUUCAUGCUGUUGUUGUCUUGACCUUCAAUAUUUAGUCCAUUAACUCACUCAGUACCAUUUAAAAUUGUGAUUAACGAUACGUCUUUAAAUCCCACAUUCAUGCUAUUCCUUCUGCAUAGUAGCGUUUUAGUCAAAUAUAUAUAUAUAUAUAUAUACAUUGGGAUGAAGUUGCCUUAGUUUUUUUUUUUUUUUGUGCUGCAACUAUUCUCAGGAAAUCUUGAGCAAUGCACUAAGUGAUUAUUGAGUUAAUAUCAAAUGGGAAGAGACUGUUUGGUGCUGUCGGGUGAUUGACGCUCUUCUUGCAAAUGUAAUGCCAGUAGUUUGAAAAUAUUACGUUUUAUAGAUUUUGUAUUAUUUCAUCUGACGUUUUUUUAAGAUAAAAAAACGAACGAAUGAAACCUAGAGAUAACAGUAGUGAAAGUAAACUACUGGCCUUACUGGAACCAGACGUACUGGAAAGACAGUACGACGGUUGGUCCUGUGCAUGAAGGGUGUUGGUGCUACCCAUCAGAGCUUUAUGAAUGAAUGAAUGAAUGAAUGAAUGAGGGUUAAUUGAUGCCAGCUGUGAAAUGUGUGUUUCUAUGUGAGCUGUUUGUUUUCUUGGCUUUGGUGAAGGGACACGGGGGUUCGGUCUCCUGAGGAGAGACCCCACUUUCAGGGAUACAAUUUUGUCUUUCAGGUUUUAGUGGACUUUCUCAGAGAUAUGAAUUCAUUUUCCCAUGAUUUGUUUCAGUUCAUGUUAAGAAAAUAAAGAUAUCUAAGCUUGCCUUUA